CUUCUGUCUUCCUCUUGAAUCUGCACUGUUAUGAAUUCUUAAGGAAUUUUUGUUGCUCACAUUGUUUAUCUUUAUUUAAUUUCCCGAGUAUACAUUGAUUUUUUCUUUCUCAUAAUUUUUUUUAGAAAAACACACUCAAAUUUGCAAUUUAAGAUUGAUGUCUUUGGAAGUUGGAGCAAAUGUUUCUAGUUCACUUCAUGAUGAUGAUCAUGAGGGGGAAAAAAGUGGAGUUGAAGAGAGUGGUGAUGAAGGAGAGGACAGCAUGCAUAGAGCCAUGAGUGAAGCUUCUUUUUACACCACUCAAGAUGAAGAUGAAGAUGAUGAACAUCACCACAAGAUUCAAGUUGGACCUAAAUUGACACUCAAAGAACAAUAUGAAAAGGACAAGGACGACGAGAGCUUGCGAAGAUGGAAGGAGCAACUCCUAGGAAGUGUUGACUUAAAUAAUGUUGAAGAAGUGGCAGAACCAGAAGUGCAAAUACUGAGCCUCUCAAUCUGUUCACCUGGAAGACCUGAAAUUGUUCUUCCCAUUCCUCAAGAUGGGAACCCUCAAGGGUUGUGGUUUAGCUUGAAAGAAGGAAGCCAUUACAACUUGAAGUUCCAUUUCCAAGUCAGCAAUAAUAUUGUUUGUGGCUUCAGGUACACCAACACUGUCUGGAAAUCUGGUCUCAAAGUGGUUGGCCGGAAAGCGAUGAUCGGAACAUUUAGUCCGCAGAAAGAAGCUUACACUUACGAGAUGCCGGAAGAGAUUACACCCAGUGGAUUUUUCGCCAGAGGUUCUUAUUCUGCCAGAUCAAAGUUUGUUGAUGAUGAUAACAAGUGCUACUUGGAAAUCCAUUAUACGUUCGAUAUUCGGAAGGACUGGGCAGAUCCCUAGCUAUAUAACUCUACGAUUGAAAGCAAAAGUUUUCUUGUUCCUUUCUUCUGUCAUUCCCUUCUUCUAUGAAGAUUGAAAUAUUUUUUUCGGCCUUUGCAUUUUGGUAUAAAGAAUGGAGAGAACUCUUCCCCGAAUUUUGGUCAAUGGAUCGUGAAAUUUGUAAUUGUAUGUUACAGUAGAGCUAUCUAUCGGUUUAUAUUGAUAAUUCUAUUUUUGAAAUUUUAG